CUCUCUCUAUCUGUCUCUCUCAUGCUUCAUAUUUCAUAUUUUAAGCAAACCCCACAAGCCCAUCACCAUCAUCACCACCAUUCCCACACCAUGAAGCCUCCUUCUGCUAUAUAGCGCUUUCUCAGAUCUCUCUCACAAACCCACUAGAACACAAAAUUAAAGAAACCCUUGUCUCGGUCCUUAUUAUAUUAACUGAUACGUAUGAUAAUGGGGAGGGACAAGAACAGUAGUAGUAAGAACAAUAACAACGUUGUGAAGCUAAGGAAGGGGUUGUGGUCGCCGGAGGAGGAUGAGAAGCUGAUGAGGUACAUGUUGACCAAUGGACAAGGUUGUUGGAGUGAUAUUGCCAGAAAUGCAGGACUUCAGAGGUGUGGCAAAAGUUGUCGCCUUCGUUGGAUUAAUUAUCUCAGACCUGACCUCAAGAGGGGCGCUUUCUCUCUCCAAGAAGAACAGCUCAUUCUUCAUUUUCAUUCCAUUCUUGGCAAUAGGUGGUCUCAGAUAGCAGCACGUCUUCCAGGACGCACAGACAAUGAAAUUAAGAACUUCUGGAACUCUACUUUAAAGAAAAGGAUGAAAAACAACAACAAUAAUACUGCUACUACUACUUCCACUGCUACUCCUUCACCAAACAACAGCACAGACUCAUCAUCAAAUCAUAUUGUUCUCAACGGGAUCACCACCACAGCCUCCAUGCCCUUCAUCAAUAAGCAAGAUCUCAUCAACAUGACCUUGUGCAUGGACUCAUCACCUUCAUCAAUAUCAUCAUCUUCAUCGGCGUCCGUACAAUCCAUACAGGCCAUGGCUUUCGGUGGUGAUCAAAGGUUGAUGGAGUAUCCCUUUUCCAUGUUGGAUAAUAACAGUAAUAUUCCUUAUGACAUGCCUGCAUGCUUAACACAAGUUGGUUGUGGUAGUGGCGGCAUGGUCCAGGAUGGGAUUUAUGGGGAUGAUUAUAAUAAUGGGUUGGUAUUUGAGGGAGAGGAUAAUAAAGUAAUGGGGUUAGAAAGAGACCUGUGUCUUCCUUCUCUAGAGAGUAGAAGCAUGGAAGAGAAGUAUAAUAGUAGUGCUGUUCCUAUUGAUGUGAAAGGUCAUAUCAACAACAACAACAACAACAACCAUUUUAAUAAUGGUUGCUUCAAUGACACUGAUCAUCAGUACCACCACCAUCAUCAUCAGGACUUGGUUGGGUUUGGAAAUAAUAAUCAUGGGCAAUCAGGGGAAAACUUAAGAAUGGGAGAAUGGGAUUUGGAGGGUUUAAUGCAAGAUAUAUCCUCUUUUCCUUUCCUUGAUUUCCAAGUUGAAUGAGCAACAUCCAACUUCGGGAAAAUUUUCAUUUCCCCUCUGUUUCUCUCUCUUUCUCUUUCUGUCUCUCUCUCAGACAUUCACACAUUCAAUGCACAAAUCCAUUUUUCCUCACCUUCAAUCACUCCAAAUGCAAUAAACACACAGACCCUUUUGUUGGUCACCCAUUUACAGCCAUUUCUCAUCAAUUGUACACAUCCAAAUUCCAACGCCAAUCUCAUUGUGUUAGGUUCAGUAGCUCCUGCAAUGAAAGUUGCAGCGUGUGAGUAUUGUUCUUUGCAAGGUAUAUCAUGUUCUCUUUUCCUUUCUUUCCAAGUUGAAAGAGUAUUAUAUAUCCAUCUUCGGAAUUUCCCAUUUUCUUUCUUGUUCUCUCUCAGACAUUCACACGAACACCUUCUGUGCACAGGCCCAUUUUUUACCACAUUCGGUUCCCCCAAGAACAAUAAACAAAACCCUUUUUUUAAUCAUCCCAUUGUUUCACUCAGCUUUGUCUUUCAAAAUUGUAAACACCCAGCUUCCAAAUUUCCAACACAAACUCCAUUGUAUGAGGUACAUAGACAGGUGUGUACAGAGAAAAAGCUGGAGUUACAUGUGAAUAGGGUUCAUGAGCAUUAAUGCUGUUGGAUUUGCAUGUUUUGCUUUUUUCUUGUACAAUUUGCUUGGGUAACACUUUGUGUGAAUUUGCGGGAAUAGGAAGGUUGGUGCAAUAAUGUUCAAAGGAGAUCCUUGAGAUGAAGAUUGAAGAGAAAAUGUGAAUAGUGAGAAAGGUUGUAUUAGGAAGAAGUCAAAAAAUAAAAAUAAUAAUAAAUAAAUAUAAACGAAAAAAGGGGGGGGUAGCGGUUGAAUUGUACGUAGUGUUGCUGUGUAUUACAAGAGAAGGAACAAUUUAUGCAGAAGUUGUUAUUGAAUUAGUUUAAGGUAACAAAAAAAAAAAGAAAAAACAUGUACAAGGUAUAAUGAUGAUGUAAACACAUCAGACAGAAGUAGUUAAGUUGGAAGU